AUGAUGGAGCUGGGACUGGCUGACGGCAGCCUGAUCGAUGAGCUGAUGGAGAUCACGGCUCAAAGCCUGGGACACCUGGAGAUCUGCGAGCACUUUGAUGUGGUGAAGGAGAUCGGCCGCGGGAAAUACGGCAAAGUGCUUCUGGUCACGCAUCGCUUCAAGGGGACCCCCAUGGCCUUGAAGGUGAUGCCCAAAGCGUCAACCAAGCUGCAGGGUUUCUUGCGCGAGUACUGCAUCUCGCUGCACCUGUCCCACCACCCCUGCAUCGUGGGCUUGUUUGGCAUCGCCUUCCAGUCCAAAGAGCAUUACUGCUUUGCUCAGGAGCUGGUCAUCGGACGAGAUCUGUUCGCUGUCAUCCAGCCCAAGGUGGGGAUCCCAGAGGCGUCGGUGAAGCGCUGCGUGCUUCAGAUCGCCAGCGCGCUGGAGUUCAUCCACAGCCGUGGCCUGGUCCACCGCGACAUCAAGCCUGAGAACAUUCUCCUGCUGGACCAUCACUGCAGUCAGGUCAAGCUGGCAGACUUCGGCUUGGCCCAGAAGAGGGGCACCAUGAUCCGCUACAUCACAGGGACCCUGCCUUACAUGGCUCCAGAGCUCUGCACCCUUGCGCUGCUGGACGGCCAGAAGGAAGUGACUGCUCCUCCUCUGUGUGUGGAGCCCAGCUUGGACACUUGGGCCUUCGGGGUGCUGAUCUUCUGCAUCCUCACCGGCUUCUUUCCUUGGGAGCGUUGUGCUGACACAGACGACUUCUACGAGGAAUUUGCAGACUGGUGCAAAGAGGAGCAACGUUCUUAUGCAGAGGAAGAGCUUCCUCCACUGUGGAGGAAGUUCACUCCAGAAGCUAUGGAGCUAUUUAGCAAGCUCCUCGCUCUGAGUGCAGAGAAGCGCUGUACAGCGGGCGAAGUCAGAGAGUAUGUGGGGAAAACCUGGCUGAAGGGCGAACAACCCGCAGCAGAGAAGGCAAGCAAGCAGGUGCGUCAACAAACGGAGGUGGCAAAACCAGACCAGGAGUUGUCAAGCGGCCUGGGUCGCAGUGUGACCGACACCCGCGUCUGA